GAGUGAAAUAAGAUCUAGACAGUUUGGGUUCUGUGGCUGUUUAUUGAAAUGAUGGCAGUUGAUUCUAUAUCAAUUAAAGAAUUUUAAAGAUUAAUUUCUCGCUAAAGAGAUUAUUAAUACUUUGGGUAAUUUAUAACGUGAUAUGUCGGAUAACUGCAAAAUGUCUGUCGCUGAAUUCUUAAAGGGUUUGCCUUCGCACAAUGAAAAUAAUUUUGCUAAUUUUCAUACAGAUAGUGGAAACAGAACUUGUGUAAAAAAACCUUCAGUUUAUCUUCCUACAAAGGACCAUCCUUCAGAACAAAUUAUAGUCACAGAGAAAACAACCAUAUUGUUAAGGUACCUUCAUCAACAUUGGGAUAAAAAUCAUGCUGAUAGAAAACGUGAUAUUUUAUCUGCUAAUGGUGACUCAGAAGAUGAUGCUGCUACAGUCCAUAGUAAAAGGCCACGUCUUGAUUUAAAUCAUACCAUUUAAAAUACACCUCAGUUAUAAUUUUCAUUGUUUACUAAACUACAUUUCCAUUACCUGCUAAACUAAUUUUUAUUGUCUGUUAAACUAUGUGAUUCUUGAAUGUAACAAACAUAUCUAUA